AUGGCUUCAUCUUCAUCGAAACGCCGAAAUUACUUUCAUUCGUCCCGCCGACGAACGUUAUUAGACGAUGAGCAUGAAAACCUUCUUCAUCGAUCGAUACCGAAACACAAUUUAGUAUGUUGGUUACGCGAUCGCGAACUCGGCUAUCGAAAACCUCGUCUCAACCAUGCAAUCGCACGACGUACAAGUGUCUAUCGUGCUAUUCAUCCAUCCUAUUCAGUUUUAAUGUGUACAGUACCACAGGCUGUAUAUAUCAGAAGAUUUUCACCCAACGGACAAUAUCUACUUGCUUUUUCACAUGAUCUCGAGUCGUUAAUCGUCUAUAGAUAUAAAGGUUUUGAACGUAUCUAUUCGGACCUGUUGCAUUGUUCUCCGUCGACGAAUUAUAGUAGACUCGAUGAAAAUGGUGAUAACAUUCGCCAGAACACCUCGGAAACGAUUCAUUGCGAAAAACUACGUGAUCAUGCAUUUAAUCAAAUUUUUCAGCAUCACUCCACCAUUCAAAUUCGUUCCUCGUCGAUAGGUUACUCGCUGAAUCGUAAUCAUAUUUAUUGUUUAUUUUCACGUGAUCAAUAUGCUAUCAUUUGUGCAUCGAAAUUAGUCAAUGAACAGCAACAUCCACCUUAUAAUCAAUUGGUACAGUCUAAUGAAGAUCUGAAUCCAUUAUCGAGAUUUUAUUUUGAACAUUUCCUUAUUUUUCUUAUUGAUUACCCGCGCGGUGUCAUAUGUCAGCAAUUAGAAUUUCAAUUCGAUCGAAUUGGCUUAACAAUUUACAAAUCCACAUUAGCAAUCCUCUCCAUUCAACACCAAAAGUUACAUUUAUAUCAUAUCGAUGAAAAGAACGGUAAAUUAAUUGAACUAUUAACUGUAGGAAAAUUUGCUCAAACGGAAGAAGAAUUUCUUUACAAGUAUAGUUUACCUAAGCAUUUGUUAAACAUGCCGCAACGUUUAUUGAAUAAGAAAACUUUCAAACGCAGUUCAUCAUCGAUGUUUGACAAAUGGGAUGAUAGCGAGCCUAGUAGUCAACAGCGAAAACGUCUUCGCGAUCAUUUUAGUGAUAAUCAGAACAGUGACUCUCUAACAAGGCGCCGACGAAGUUCGUUCGUUCGAGAAGAACUUCAUCGACCAUUCACUCCACCAUCAACUCGCGUGAUUAUCCAACAUGAUGAACAACAGACAGAUUUCAUUGGAGAUACUAGCGAUUUACCAACCAAUUUAGCUCAUUCAAUCUUUCAGCGAGAUAAUCGAGUGGAUCGAAGAACUUUAACAACGAAUAUGCGAACAUCAGAUUAUGACCAUGAUAUGUCAGCAGUAACUGAUGAUGACGAUGACGAUGACGAUGAUGAUGACGACAACGGCGAUGAUGAUGGCGAUCAAGAUUCAGGUCAGCCAAUAAACUUAACUCGAAUCGAACCAUCGACCGAUCGAGUGAUAGCUGAUUCUCAUCAUGAUUACUGGUCAUUGGUACAAAAUCAAAUCGUUCUACCGAUGAACGACAAACAACUAUGUACACUGAAGCAACGUCUACUGACGUACCUGUACAAACGUGCGAAAGAAAGUAACAAACAAUUGCGCUUUAUUCAGUCGUUCAAUGAUUACUUAGCAAGUAAAUUUUACAAAGUUCAAUUUUUAACCAAUCACAUCAUUCUCUUAAAAUUUGCUCAUGAGUCCAUCGUAAAUAAACGUCAGCAGGAACAACAAAUGCACUAUGCUCUGUUUGUUGUGUACAACAUUCAAACAUCGACUAUUCUCAAUAUCUAUGACGAAUCCUCUGUCGAAUUAGCCCAAAUAUUCGAAAAAUACAACGAUGAUUUUCGUUAUUCAUCGUCGUAUGGUUUGAUCAAUUAUCGAAAUUUAGAAUUUUUCCCCCUUUCUACCCCUGCUGGUCGUCGUCAGUUCGAACAUAUGUAUUAUCAUUCAACAUCCACCGGUGAUUCCGACUCAAUAAAGCGCCUAUUGAUGCAAUUACCACUACGAACCAUAACGCACACAAUCUCUCCCUAUCUCGAUUUAAAUUUAUAUUCAUACGAUGAUAAAAUUGUUCACAUUGAUGAUAUGGUCAAAACGUGUCCGAAUAAUCCCGUGAGAUUCUUCUCGCGUGAUUGUCAACGAAUGAAAUUUCAAUUAACACUAACGAAUCGUUCUAUCAUCUUACCACAAUUUAACACUACGACAGACAAUUCAACAACAACAACUAUUGUUGCACCUACAAUAAUCAACAACAAUAAUCCAGUGACAACAGCAGCAACGGCGACAACAACUACGACUGGAAAUGCUCUAUUUCUCCCUAAUACUUUAUCAUCGAAUCGGCGAACAACUCUAGCAACACUCUGGCAUCCUAUCGAGCCAUUUUGUAUCACGAUACAACGUUGGCCACGAGAUCUUGAUAAUAUUCAUAAUUUUCAUUUAUAUCGUCCACCUAAUUUGAGAUGA